AUAUAAUACAUACGUCGUCUCUUGACAUGUAUCAACGGAUCGAAACCAAAUCAAAUAUAGUAUGAAAUAUCGCCACGGAGAAUAUUUUCCAGCAUGCCUCGAGGAAAUAUACAAUAUAGCCUCUCUAUUGGCUAGACUCCACCAAUCGUGAUCUUCCUUCUUAAACACGCAUUUUCCCAUGGCAUUUAAACAGGACUCGAAGUUGCUCAAUCCUCCCACUCUUCAAUGUCAACAUUGAAAAGGUGAGGCAUAGGAACAACUUUGCACAUAGCCAUGGCUGGGGUAAAGCUGCACUACUUCAAUGGGCGAGGGAAAAUGGAGUCAAUUCGUUGGUUGCUUGCGGCUGCAGAGGUGGAGUUCGAUGAGUGCCAUCUGACCACUCGGGACCAGUACCUCAAAAUGGUAAACGACAGAGACCUCAUGUUUCAGCAGGUGCCCAUGGUGGAAAUAGACGGAAUGAAACUUGUCCAGACAAAGGCCAUCUUGAAUUACAUUGCCGAAAAGUACAAACUGCAUGGAAACGAUAUCAAAGAAAGAGUCAAGAUCAACAUGUAUGUGGAAGGACUGAUGGACCUCAUGGAAAUGAUCAUGAUGCUGCCCUUCACCAAAGAGCCCAAAUUGGACAACAUUGAAAAAAAAGCAAAAGAGCGCUACUUACCCGUGUUUGAAGAGCAAUUAAAGACUGGCGUUCACCUGGUGGGAGGUCGAAUGACCGUUGCGGAUGUACUGCUCCUGGAAUGCACGCUCAUGCUGGAGGAGUUGUUUCCGGAGAUACUGAAAAAUUUUCGUAGCGUCAAGGACUUUCAGGAUCGCAUGCAGAAAGAGCCUGCCAUUUCUCGAUUCCUGCAGCCAGGAAGCAAGAGGAAGCCUCGGCCUGAUGACGGUUACGUAAAAACGGUCAUGGAGGUCUUUGACUUAAAAUAGUACUGUAAAGUGCUCUCAACUCUUGAACUACAUUGAAACGAUUGUAAAAGGUGAAUCAGAA